AUGCCUGCCGUCCUUGAGAACUCCGUCGCCACGGAGGUGCCUGGCCCGCUGUCCAAGGCAGCAUCGAAGCGCCUUGACGCCUUCUUUGAUGCGCGAGCUAUCCAUUUCGUCGUCGACUACGACAAGAGCUCUGGCAACUAUAUCGUCGACGUGGACGGCAACCGCUAUCUCGAUGUGUACUCCCAAAUCGCCUCGAUUCCUGUCGGGUACAACAAUGCUACACUUAUCGAGGCCGCCAAGUCUCCCGAGAUGAUCUCUGCCCUCGUCAACCGACCCGCGGUUGGCAACUUUCCUUCCAGCAGGUGGCCCGACCUGCUAACCGAUGGCCUUCUGCGCGUUGCUCCCAAAGGCCUUGACAAGAUCUUCACGGCUCAGUCUGGCUCAGAGGCCAACGAGCUUGCGUACAAGGCAUCCAUGAUGCUUUAUCGCCGACGGGAGCGUGGAGAGGGUGCCGAGUGGACUGACGAGGAGGUCGCAUCUUGCAUUUCCAACACCAAACCUGGAUCCCCUGACCUGGCCAUUCUCAGCUUCACCGACUCCUUCCACGGCCGCGGUUUCGGCAGUCUCUCUACCACCCGAUCCAAGGCCGUUCACAAGCUCGACAUCCCCUCUUUCGACUGGCCCCACGCCCCGUUCCCUAAAUUGAGAUACCCGCUGGAGAAGUACGCUGAAGAGAACAAGGCCGAGGAGCAGCGCUGCCUGCUCGAGGUGGAGAACCUCAUCAAGUCAUGGCACUUUCCCGUCGUGGCCGUCAUUGUCGAGCCGAUCCAGAGCGAGGGCGGCGACAACCAUGCUUCGCCGGAGUUCUUCCAGGGUCUGCGAGACCUCACCAAGAAGCACAACAUCGUCAUGAUCGUCGACGAGGUGCAGACCGGGUUCGGCGCCACCGGCAAAUUUUGGGGUCACGAGCACUGGAACCUGACGUCGCCGCCGGAUAUCGUGACCUUCUCCAAGAAGGCACAAACGGCCGGCUAUUUCUUUGGCGAUCGUAUGCUAGUGCCGGACAAGGCGUACCGCCAGUUCAACACCUGGAUCGGUGAUCCCGCCCGUGUCAUCAUGAGCAAGGCUGUUAUUGGCGAGAUUCUGGAGAAGGAUCUCGUUUCGCAAUGCGCGCGAGUUGGAAAGGUGCUCUACGCUGAGUUCGAAAAGUUGGCGAGCAAGUAUCCCACGCUGGUGAUGAACCUCCGCGGCAAGGGUCAAGGGACCUAUCUUGCUUUCGACACUGUCGAUGCUGGAGCCCUCGUCAAAGCCAUGAAAGCCCGCGGUGUCAAUGUUGGCACUUGCGGCGUCCAGACCGUCCGAUUCCGGCCGAUGCUCAUCUUCGAGGAGGCACAUAUUCCUACUUUGAUUGAGCCCCUAGACCAGGUCCUUUCUAGCCUGCAGUAA